UUCAGUUUUAGUCGUCGCCAGACUUCCGCACGGAAGUGUUCGGUCGCUCUCUCCCUCGGGACUCUCUCUCUUAUCACACUCACACGGCACAGGCACACCCACACUAAUACACCUAUAUCUCUAUCUAUCCGCCACUCUCCCGCUCGCUCUCGAUAGCCACACUUGUUCUUGUUGUUGUUGUUCUUAUUGUAAUUGUUAUUUAUUUUUUUUGUGGCCAUUACAACGUGCAUUUCAAAAACAAAAACAAAAGCAAACAAAAAUAAUAAUAAAAAAAAAAUGAAAAAAAACAAUUAAAAGUGUGCCGACAAAAAUGUAAUCAACUCACCGAAAUUCAUUAAAAAAAACAUUUGGAAAAUAAAACAAAUAAUAAUAGAAAUAGAAAACUUUUACAAAAAAAAAGAAGAAAGUAUCUCGGUAGUAUCUCAGCGAAAUGGUCGAGAUACAAAAGCCGCAUUCGGCAUUGAAAAGGCCAUCGUUAAAACGGGAAACGGUCGUUGUUAACAACAGUGCCCCGACCAUCAAGAAGGUGACUCUGGUGCCCAAGGAUGAGGAACUGGUGGCCAUUUCUCCGGAACGUCGCAACUGGCGGGGCAUCUUUAUUGCCCUGCUGGUCAUCGCCGCCGUCUUCAGCCUGAUCAUAUUCUCGAUCUUCCUGCUGUCGCCCGAGGACGAGGGCCUGCGCAUCCGAGGACGCCGCAUGCUCCCCAGCGAUAUCCUUGGCCGGAGUCUACAAUGGAAGCCCUUCAACGGCACUUGGAGCAAUGGUCGAGAGCUCAUUUAUCGGGACCCUACAGGCGGUUUGUCCAUUCUCAACAUGGCAGACCUCACAACACGCAUUCUUAUGACCAACUCCACAUUUCGACAACUGAAUGCGGAAUCAUUUCUCGUGGCACCAGACCAAAAAUAUGUCCUCCUGCAAUCGGACACCAAUGCCGAGGGCUCUAGACAUCACGUAUACGAGGUGCAGACGGCAAACACAUUUCCGCUGGGACCCACCGAGAACAUUGCGGAGGCGCCCCGCCUCCAGCACGUGGUAUGGGCACCGGCCAACCCACCACCACCCCUGGCGGCGCCACCACCUCCCCCGGGCAGUGUCCUUGCCAGUCCUACCACCACCUCCACCCUCGCCCCCCUGCCCAGCGGCAGUAUCAUUCUGAACAGUUUGGCUGGCGCUGCGAAUGGGGCAGCGUCCGGUGGUGGCAAUGGAGGCGGACCAGCCGGUGGGAGUGGUUCGGGAGUUGGAACUGGAGCAGGAGGAGCAGGAGGCCCAAAUUCAAAUGGAAAAACUGGCGGCUAUACCCUGAAUCAGGCCAUAGCCUUUGUCCAUCACAACGACAUCUACUACAAGCCAAAAGUCCAGGGCGAACUCGUUUGCCGGAUAACACAAACGGGGGGCGGCAGUGAAUGGGGGCAGGGCUAUCCGGAUGAGGCGGCGCCCACGGGGGGCGUGGUCUACAACGGUGUACCGGACUGGACAUACGAGAAUGUUCCGGAGCUGGAGAGUCGACGGAGCAGCAUGGAAUUCUCACCGGAUGGACUUUAUUUGGCGUAUAUUACUUACAAUGACAGCGAAGUGAACGAAUACAAAUACACCUGGAUGGGGGAUGACAUCAAAUAUCCUGCCGUUCUGAGCCAGCGUUACCCCAAAACCGGCUCCCGCAAUCCCAAUGUGACCGUGAACGUGGUGAACCUCUCCGUGAUCAAGUACAUAUUCCCCACCCAGAUCAAGCUGCCCGCCGACCUGGCCAAUGGAAGUUACGUGGGCGGCCUAACCUGGGCCUCGACCAUCGAUCUCUCGGUGACGGUCACCAAUCGAGAGCAGACCAAGGCCACAACAGUGUUGUGCCGGGCACCGCACUUCCAUUGCCAGGCGGUGCACACGGAGGUGACCAUCAACGAUGGCUGGGUGCUGCCCUCGGAGCGACCGGUAUUCUCCGCCCGGAAUCAGUUGAUUUCCCAGCAAAAACAGAACCAAAAAAUGCAACAACCACCGGAGGAGCCUCCGGCCGAGCAGCAAAUGAACCUAACGAUGGAGGCCACCGGCAGCACCACCCAUGAAAUCAGCAACGGGGGCUACCUCCUGAAGAGAUUGCCGGUGCGGGAUGGGGAGCACGGUCACUACCGGCACGUGGUUUUCAUCUCCUCCCUGGAUCGCAGGCCAGUGCCCCUCACCAUGGGACGGUUCGAGGUGACGGAGAUUAUCGGUUGGGAUGAGCCGCAUGAGAUAGUCUACUUCAUGGCCGCCCCGGAGAAACGGCCGGGGGAGCGACAUCUCUACAAGAUCAGCCUCAAGCUGAAUGUCACGGAGUCGAACCGAACGUACAUUACGUCCACCCCGCCCACCUGUCUCACCUGCGACAACACCGAGUCCACCUACCGCCUGCACCGGGCCCGGAUAUCCCAGCGCGGCGAUCGCUGGGAGGAUAUUGUGGCGCGCUUGGAGCCGGACGACUGUCUCUACGAUAUACCCAAGAACUGUCUCUACAACCGGGUGCAGUUCAGCCAGGACUACAGCUACUACGUCCAGGAGUGCCUGGGCCCGGAGGCGCCCAGUGUCUACCUGGUGGAGACGGCCAGCAACGACAAGAUCUAUGUCCUUAAUGCCGGUGACGUCCUGCGGCAUCGACUCUCCCAGCUGGCCGUGCCCCAGAUGCGAACGUUCAGUGUGGAGAUCCGGCAUGGCUUCCACGCCCAGGUGCGCCUCUUCCUGCCCCCGGGAAUGCGCGAGGAGGAGGAUGUGGCUUUCCCGUUGGUGUUGCACGUAGAUGCCUCCCCAGGAUCUCAAUUGGUAACAGAGCGCUUCCACGUCGACUGGAAUUGGUAUUUGGCCAGUCAGCGUAGUUUUAUCGUGGCCCAAAUUGAUGGGCGUGGCAGUGGCUAUCAAGGAGAGCUCCUCCGCACCCAAGUCCACGGAAAACUGGGCACCGUUGAGGUGGAGGAUCAACUGGGCGUACUAACAUACUUGCGUGACAACUUGAAGUUCAUUGAUCCUUUAAGGAUCUGCGCCUUUGGCUGGGGCUAUGGAGGUUAUGCCUCCGCCAUGAUGCUCAUCGACGAUUCCCAGCAGGUCCUUCAGUGUGCCGUUGCCAUAAAUCCGAUCGUCAACUUUGGAUUCCACUACUCCUUCUUCACGGAGCGGUACAUACCCCUCAAAGGCGACUACCUGAGAGCCCUCCAGGAGGCGGACCUCACCAUGAAGGCGGGAAACAUCAAGGGCAGGAACCUGAUGCUGAUGCACGGAACGGCGGAUACUUUGGUCCACCAGGAGCACACCCUGAUGCUGGUGCGGGCGUUGGUGGAGCAGCAGGUGAAGUUCCGGCACCAGGUGUAUCCCGACGAGGAUCACGGCAUCGGCAGGUCAUUGAGUCACGUGUACAAGACCAUGGAGUGGUACUUCGAUGAGUGCUUCGGCCCCGUCGACGACAACGAGUGGGACCCCACGGGUCUGUUUGUGUUCAAGCAAUAAUUAAGACCCCCCUACGAUCCUUACGACGAGGAUCCGCUGGCCAAUCAGCUCAGCGACAUCGACAUAGCCCCAGCCCCGGAUCCGGAGGACGGUGAUCCGGAUCGGAGCAAUGCCGGGGUCAGUAAUCUCUCCACCCUUCUAACGGCCACCACCACGACGGCAUCGCUAUCCGCUCUCGAUGAGCUGGAUAACCGGUUGCAGGCCCUCGAUCUGAUCACCUCCUCCACGGCGACCACAUUGAGCAAGGUGGCCGGAAAAUUGUGCAACUACAGCAGCAAGAGGCGGCUCCAUCAGUCGGAGGCCACUUUGGCCCAGAAGUCACGCAUCCUUCAGCACUAAGAGGUAUCCUCAAGGAGUCCCAAUGGAUUACCUGAGGCGUCCACAAGGAAUCCUACAGGCGUCCUCAAGGAUAUGUAACACUGUGUGUAUGUGUGUAUGAUUGAGUAAUUGAUUGAAUGAUUGAUUGAGUGGGUGUGCUUGGUUUUCGGUUCUCCAAUGGUUGUCUUAAUUUUAAUAAUUUUAAUUUUU